UAUUUUUGCUAUUAAGUCUUUCGUUAAUAUCUCAAAAUUUGAAUUCAGAUUCAAAACCAAGAACUGUCUACUUUGUUUUUGCUUCUCAGUUUCCAAAUGUCUUACAAUAGUAACCAGCACCUUGUUAUGUCGGAGAACGAUCUUCCCGAGCAGCCGGGGUUCGAGUUUACGGACUGGAUGUUCGAUAGGUGGCUCGAUGAAAACUCUCCGCCUCUGGUCGACUCGGCGAUGUACCCGGUUUAUCAGUCGGGGGAGAUUGAGGAGUUUGUUGGAAGCACAAUUCAGCAAGGAGAACCUAGCAGUAGAGACAGUGGGAGAGAGAGGGAAGUUAGAGAAAGAUUUGCAUUCAAGACCAAAUCAGAAGUUGAGGUUCUAGAUGAUGGUUUCAAGUGGAGGAAGUAUGGAAAGAAGAUGGUGAAGAACAGCCCAAAUCCGAGGAACUACUACAAAUGCUCGGUCGAAGGCUGCCCAGUGAAGAAGAGAGUCGAGAGAGAUCGAGAGGAUCCAAAAUACGUGAUAACGACUUACGAGGGUGUUCAUACUCAUGAAAGUUCUUGAUUUGUUUAUUUUUACACCAAAUCUCCCUAUGUUUAAUAAGAAAAUCCUUGUAAUAGACUAUGAACCAAAGUUCUAGCUUCAAUACGUUGAUCUUGUCUGGUCUGGUCUCAAGCACUGUGUGGAGUAGAGGCCCCAUACCAAACAACAUCAUCAUAUUCACUGAUACAUAUAUCGAAAGAUC